GGCAGACAAGCCCGAGUCACCUGCUGCAGCCCAGUCGUGUUCCACCGAUUGCUAGGCGCUAGGCUCGGGAAGGCGGCGUCUAGGGGACAAAGUGCAGGGAGAUUCCUGAAGAGAUAAGAGGGAAGGCGAAGGAAGGGGGUGGAGCGAGCGCCUUGGAGAGCAAAGGUCGGGCGUCCAGGGGCCGGCCCUGCCCGCCCUGCCGGGGAGGAGGCGCCCUAGAGCCUCUUUCCACCCAGGAUGCUGAGAACCAGAAUGCGGGCCGCUGAGAAUCCAGCCCGUCCCCACCCGCCUGCGGCCGGAGGCGGGGCUGCUCUGCUCACCUGGCCGUUGGGGCGGGAUCGCCCGCGUCCCGUGGCAGCUGCGCCCACGGUGGUACUCCGGGCGCUGGAGCGGGGCUCGCCGCGGGCACUCGGCCGGACCUCCACGCCCCCCACUGUGCGCCAGGCCCUCCCCUAGCUCGCUCCCUCCCUCUGCCUCCUCCUCUGCGCCCUCCCUCCGAGCCCAGUUGCUCAAGCCGCUUCCUUCCCCACCGCCUGCGCCAGUUCCUCCCCCGGUGGGGCCCGGGAAGGGCAACGAGCACUUGACGCCGCCGCGGCCGCGAGACCAUGGCCCAGCCCCGAGGGGCCGCAGACCCGGCGCGCCCGGCCUCCCUCGCGCCUACCCCGCAGCUGCGCAGCUCGAGAGCGGACAGGGGUAGCCUGGGCAGGUACCGGGGCGCCGCUGCCGCCUCCCGGGAGCCCUCCUUCCAGGGCUCGCUGACGCUCUCCGGAGCCGGCUCGGGGCGCCGGCGGGGGCCGCGGAGGGAGCUGCCGGGGCAGCAGGGGGCGGCUCCCGCCAGGCGGCUGUCAGAGGAGCGCUCUGAGGAGCCGUCCUCCGGCGGGCUGGGGGGCAGCGGGCUUUGCCUGGAGCCGCGGGAGCACACGUGGAUCCUGGCGGCCGCGGAGGGCCGGUUUGAGGUGUUGCGGGAGUUGCUGGAGGCGGACCCCUGGCUGCUGCUGCGGGGCGACCCGAUCACGGGCUACAGCGUGCUGCACUGGCUGGCCAAGCACGGGCGCCACGAGGAGCUCAUUCUGGUGCACGAUUUCGCCAGGCGCCGGGGACUGCCGCUCGACGUGAGCGCCGCGGGUAGCGGCGGCCUCACGCCCCUACACCUGGCUGCACUACAGGGCCACGACAUGGUCAUCAAGGUGCUAGUGGGCGCCCUGGGAGCUGACCCCAUGCGCCGCGACCACAGCGGCCACCGGGCCUACCACUAUUUGCGUCCCGACGCCCCCCAGAGUCUGCGGGAGCUGUCGGGGGCAGAAGACUGGGAGCCCGCGUGUGGCAGCGAUCGCCACAACACCAACAACAACAGCAGCGGCGCCGCUUCCUGGACGUCGCGACGGACCCCGAGCGCUGCGGGCGCCACGGCUGUGGAGAAGAACAACAGAGCGGCGACCCCGCUGGCCAGAGUGAAAGACGCCGCGGGCAGCCGGGUGGCGCAAAUCCAUGGCCUCUUCCGCCAUCUGUUCCCCUUCUUCCAAGACCGUUGAGGGCGACGGAGACUAGAGAGCUAGGAGUGGGAGGCCUCUUCCUCUCGGGUUGUUCCACCACCGCCGCUGAAAAAGAGGCGCCUCUGACACAUUUUGAAUCUGUGAGGAGCAGACCACGCUGGCCCGAAUCAGGUACCUGUCCCAGGCCUCCCGCAGCCACCAGCCAGAAGGACCCGGAGACUCAGGCAGCCCCUAACAGAGGGGGAGCCCAGGAUCAAGCCCAAAAUGUUCUAGACCAACAAGUUAGGAGCAGGGAGCUAGUCUUGCUUGGGAGAGAGAACAGUAAGCGUCCUGUAGCCAUUUCUGGGCUGGCGGAAGCGCUGGUUUAUUGGGAAGCAUUCACCAGAAGAAUGAGUUAAAACUGUAAAGCACUGAUGCACAGGAAAUGCUCAGCUGCCUGCCUAACCCUGCCAUUGCUGAGUCUCACUGCACAGGUGGUCAGUCCCUGGUGAUGUACCCGGAGACUACCCAGGCCUUCCCAGUACUGUUCUGAUGUAUCACAGAUGACUUCUUAAGUAUAUUAAAGUGCAAUCGUUUCUCCCUUCA